GUGAAAACGCGCAAGCCGUGUGCUGGAGGCAAUCUCGCGCACCAGCGACCCACAGAACUGCAACAAUGCUCCUCCUUCGCCGCGCGACGCGACCACUGCGCCAGCUGUGCACCGCUGGGCGGCCCAUCCACGUGCUGCGCCGCGCGACGCGACCACAGCAGCUGUGCUGCGCAGCCAGCACCACUCAGCAAGGGCUGCGCAGCGCGACGCGACCAGCGCUCGGCCGCACCCUCGCCACGGCUGCGCCGCAGCCCAUCCACGACGCAUUACGCCAAGUCCUGGAAAACGGCACUAAAAAGCGACGGAAGUUCGACGAGUCCGUGGACCUCGACGUCAUGCUCAACGUCGACCCGCGCAAGCCGCUGCAGGCGGUGCGCGGCGUCGUGAGCCUGCCGCACGGCGUGGGCCGCAGCGUCGUCGUGGCGGCCGUCUCCGACGACCCCGCGGCGCGGGAAAAUGCAAAGGCGGCCGGCGCGGACGUCGUCGGCGGCGAGGACCUGGUGGACCGCGUCGCGGACGGGUACGUGGAGUUUGACGCGUGCGUCGCGACGGCGGACAUGGCGCCCCUGCUGAAGCGCAAGGCCGCGCGCGUGCUCGGGCCCAAGGGUUUGUUACCGGCGGCAAAGAACGAGGGCACGCUCGCCGACGACGCGGACGGCUUGGGGGCGCUUGUCGCGGAGCUCAAGAAGGGCCGCGUGAAGCUGCGGACGGAGCCGAAGCGGGGCGUCCUCCACGCGCCCUUUGGUAGAUUGAGUUUUGGUGAGGACAAGCUGCUCGCGAAUUUGAGGAGCGUGAUGCUCGCCCUCGUGGCCGCGAAGCCGGAAAAGGCGCCCAAGGGGAAGUACUUCCUCGCCGCCUCGCUCUCGUCGACGAUGGGACCCGGCGUGCCCGUCGACGUCGACUCGUUGGACCCCGCGUCGCCGCGGUUCUUUAGGGAAUCUGACAGUUAACAUCAAAAUUACAACA